AUGAAAAUCUUUACAAUUCGUUCAGACGAAAGUCUUGAAAAAACUCUAAAUGACUUUCAAACUCAAAUAAACAAAUACUACUGGGAAUUUCAAGAAAAAUACGACUCUUUACUAAAUGGAACAUACUAUCUGAAGCUAGAAUACGACAAGAUGAACUCCACAGUUUCAUUUCAAAAGAUUGAAAUUAACCCUCCAAGAGAUACAGAGUUUUUAUAUUGGGGAGUAGACAAACGUUCUUGGGCACAAUUUCUUCGGUUACUAAACCAGAACGAACCAUUACCACCAGAUGGUCCAUUUAAAUUUAUACUUCCACCAGCAGAUUUGACAGUUUAUAGAAACGUGUUUGACCCUCAAAAUGUCAUGUGUCAUGCAAGUUUCAGUUCAAGCAACAACAGUUUUCUGUGUAUCGGUAAGGACUUUUAUGACUUUGCUUCUAAAUUCUACGAACCACCUAGUAACAGUUUCUCUGACUUUCAAGUUUGGUUCACAACAAAUGGUCUGCAGCAUAUAAUACCAUUGUACUAUGACUUUUAUCUCGAAUUGUCUUUCAUAUACAACUACGGAAAAGUGCUGAAAAAGUAUUGA